GUACAGCUAGACAUGUGACCCCACAAAGAUAUGAGUCAUAUGAACCGACAAAACAAGCACCACAACAACACACACACACACGGAGAGGCUGAGAAACUGAGGAAAAAAUGAGUUUGUGACAGUAGAUGUUGAAGACUCUGAAGCUUUAAAAAAGAAAAACAAUAAAAGAAAUGGUACAAGUUCUUCUUCAGUCAUCACCACUACUCCUCCAAUGUUGUUCCUCUUCUUCUCCCAUUCCGAGGGCAAUGGGAGGAAAAACAAUGUUCAAGUUCUCUCCUGAGCCAACUUUAUCAAGUAAGCUUGUGACCAAACAUGUACUAUCUGGGCUUGCUGCUUCACUAAUAUUUCUAUCUCAGACAAACCAGCCUAUUUUUCGUGGGCAGGUUAUUGCGGCAGAUCUAUCUUAUCACCCCAAUAUCUGCCAGCUUGCUAGUGCACCAGAUGGUAUAUUAACUCUCCCACUUGUUGAGGGGUCUGAUGAAAGAAGUGGGAGGCUAAUGAUGAUGAGAGGUAUGACAGCCAAGGAUUUCGACCCCAUUAGAUAUUCUGGAAGAUGGUUUGAGGUUGCUUCACUCAAACGUGGAUUUGCUGGACAAGGUCAAGAAGACUGUCACUGCACUCAGGGUGUAUAUACAUUUGAUAUGGAGUCACCCUUUAUCCAAGUUGAUACCUUUUGUGUUCAUGGGGGCCCCAAUGGGUAUAUUACUGGCAUCAGGGGAAAUGUUCAAUGCCUUCCAGAGGAUGAUUUGGAGAAAAAUGAAACUGAACUAGAAAAGCAGGAGAUGAUAAAAGAGAAAUGUUAUCUUCGUUUUCCAACACUACCAUUUAUCCCCAAGGAGCCUUAUGAUGUGAUUGCUACUGAUUAUGACAACUUUGCUCUUGUUUCAGGAGCAAAAGACAGAGGCUUUAUUCAGAUCUACUCAAGGACACCUGACCCUGGACCUGAAUUCAUUGAGAAGUACAAAACUUAUUUGGAAAACUUUGGGUAUGAUCCAAGUAAAAUCAAGGAUACUCCACAAGACUGUGAAGUAAUGUCAAAUGGUCAGUUAGCUGCAAUGAUGUCCAUGCCUAGAAUGCAACAGGCUCUAACAAACCAAUUUCCUGACCUAGAAUUGAAGGGCUCUGUUGAAUUUAAUCCAUUUACAAGUGUAUUUGAUACUUUGAAGAAGCUCCUUGAGCUAUAUUUUAAGUAGUACUGAGUUCAAACAAAUUGUGGUGUUCUUUUAUACUUUUACACAGACAACAGAAUACACCAGAUUAUUUUUCCUGUAAAUCUUAAUUAUCCAAUAUAUUUUCUUGAUAA